GACCAGGGCCAGGGAGAUGGGGAUCAGGGAGAUGUCGACACCAAUGGCAGCUACAAUGGGUCGUACGACGACAACGGGUCCUACUACGACUACAAUGGGUCCUACGACUACAAUGGGUCCUACGAUUACAAUGGGUCCUACGACUAUAAUGGAUCCUACGACUACAAUGGGUCUUACGACUACGACGGAUCCGGAUACGAGUAUGAUGGGCCGGGACAGGAUUAUGACUAUGAUGGACCUGGAUAUGAUUACAACGCAUCCGGCGGCUACGGCUACUGUGCCGAGAUGAUGUGCACUAAGUUUAAGUACGACGCGAACGGAGAGAUUGAUUGGUCAGCGGAAAUGGAGACAACUUGCGCGUCCUACGAGGAGGGCUGUCCGUGCAACGAGGAGUGGGAAGUCUCCUGUGAGUCCUGGGGCUACAAGGUCUGCACACCGAAGUCCGAGGGGUGCUACGAUCCCUUCGAUACGACAUGUGACAAUGCUACUGAGUAUACUUGCCGAGAUGAGUGGUCGGCCUACUGCUGGGACAAAGCAUGGGGCGCAUGUCCCAUAUUCUGCACGUCUAACGAGACGAUGUGCUACAGCUACGCCUACGAUGCAUCAGGAGAGGUUGAUUGGAUGAGCGACUACAACACGAGUUGUGCUCCACUGGCCGAGGGCUGCCCCUGCAAUCCUACCUGGGAGCAGAAAUGCACUGACGAAUGGGGAAGCUGGUGCACAUCGAAGCUGGAUUCGUGCCCAAUCUCAUGCGGCGACGAUGAACAGGUGUGCUGGUCAACUCCUUACGGUAACGACGGCUAUCCAGACUGGUCAUUGCCAGGAAAUCAGACAUGCCAGAGUAUUGACCAGCACUGCCCCUGCAACUCUGAGCACGAGGAGCUCUGCGUGAUGGAGUGGGGGUCCUACUGCCAGUCGAAGGUCUACGGCAGUUGUCCAGUCUCCUGUACGGCCGACCAGUUGUACUGCUACGAGACGCCGUAUGACGACAAUGGGGAAAUCGACUGGUACGGAACGUGGAAGGAGACCUGUGCAAAUGCCACUGAUGGAUGUCCUUGCCAUCCUGAGUGGGAGAAGUCAUGUGGUUCGGGCUGGUGCAUGUCCAAGUUUGAGAAUUGCCCAGUCGAUUGCGGAGAAUUCGAAACCUGCUACCAUUACAUCUCCGGGAACGAGUCUUGUGCGACUGAAAGUGGUUGCACGUGCGAAGACAACGAGCACGAAUGUAUGGAAGACGGGAAGCAACGCUGCUAUCCCAAGGACUGGUAUAGCAGCUGUCCUAUAACAUGCAAGGCCACGGAAAUGUAUUGCUCUGAAAUAGGAUUUGAUGCCAAUGGUAUGAUGACUUGGACAGACACUUGCGAACCUCAGAAUGAUGACUGGUUUUGUCCCGUCGUCUGCAAAGCCGACUCGGCGAAGAAGUGCGGCUCCGGUUUCUCUGCCUACUGCAUUGCGGCCUCAGAUGAGUGUCCGGAGGAGUGUACUGACGAACAGCAGGAGUGCUGGGUCACGGACUUCGAUGCAACAGGCAAUUGGUUGUCUGCCAAAGACAAGUGCGGGCCAAAAGGGCAGGAGUGUCCGUGCGGAGAGAACAGCGUUAGAUGCAACUCAAACGGCUUCUCCUAUUGCGAGGCAACGUACUACGGUUGCCCGAUAGAGUGUACAGCAGACCAAAAAAUCUGUUAUCCGGUAUCAUACACGCCAGAAGGAGACUAUGAUUGGGAUGCUCCCAUCAACGAGAGCUGUGUGGCACAGGAGAAGACCUGCCCCUGCGGCGCCAACGCGAAGCUUUGCAAGUGGACCGACGACUUCGGCGCCGAAGAGGAGUACUGCGUCCCAAGCGCGGAAUCCUGCCCUGUCACCUGCUCCAGCAGCCAAGAGAAGUGCUUCAAAUCGGACUACAAUGCCACGGGCUAUCCGACGAGCUUCAAGGAAACAUGCGUUCAGAAGGGGACGUCAUGCCCGUGCGGCACGCAUUCGCAGAAAUGUACGGAUCCGUUCUUCGGAGACUCCUACUGCUAUCCGAAGUGGGAUUUCUGGAGCAAUGUGCGGCUGGAUUGUCCAGUGUAUUGCAAGGACAACGAGAACACAUGCUACAUUCCCAGCUAUGAUGCGAAGGGGGAUUGGAUCAGCACGCAGGAAAUCUGCGUGCCUCAAAACCAGCGCUGUGACUGCUCCAAGGGCCAAAAUGCCUUUGAAUGCAACUUUACCGACUCGUGGGGAACAUGGUCGGAAUGCCUGCCCUUGGCUGGUGGCUUCUGCCCCAGCACUUGUCCAGCUGACGAAGUGCCGUGUCCACAGGUCGAGGAUUUCAUGCCAGAUGGAACGUACCUGGGCCUUGCGUCGCCCUCCAAGAAGUGUGCCGCCAGCCUGGCCGAGUGCCCUUGUGGCAAGCAAGCCGAAUGCUGCCCGGGAGCAGCGGGAUGUAUCAGCAAGAGCGAGGGCUGCCCGAUCACCUGCAAAGCGGCGGAAAAGAAGUGCUAUCUGACAGAUUUCACAGACAGAGGCGACUUCAUCAGCGAUCGCGAGGUCUGCGUCGCGACCGAUGCUCUGUGCCCGUGCGGCAAGAACACGGUCAAAUGCCCUGGCGAAGACGUGUGCUUGCUGAAGGAUGUAGCCGAUGUUAUUUGCCCCUGCAAGGAGUCACAAACGACUUGCAGCGUCGUGGAUUACUCAACCACAGGCCAGGUCACCGGAUUUUCGACAGCCUGCGUUGCACCGGGCAACCCUUGCCCCUGUGGCAAGAAUUCCCUCAGCUGCUCUGAUCCCAACGACGCCAAAGCGCUGAUCUGCACAUCGAAGUUCAGUGGAAAGCUCACGACCAGCUGCCCACGUCCAUGUACUCCUGAAGCCGAACAAGCAGGCAACAAAACUUGCAUCCAGACCAAUUUGGACAAGUCCGGCAACUUUGAAUCCGUGACAGUGAGCUGCUUGAAAGAAGGCUCUUGCAAGCCGGGGAAGAACAUGAAGAGGUGUCCAACUGGAGCUGUAAUUGCAAGUGCUAAUGCUUGCCAAGAUUUGUAUGGCACGGGGGGCAAGAACACCACGGCUGUCAGUGAAAAUCAGAAGCAAACUUCCAAAAUUAUCUUGACCUUGGAAAGCGCCACUCAGAAUGCGGUUGCAAAUGCCGAAACAGCACGAGUGACCCUCAACAGUGUGUUACAGUUGCCACCAGGAUUGACAACAUCAGUUGCCGUGAAAUCUGGCGGGUCUGGCCGACGGCUGUCAACAUCCUCCACCAAACUUGUCUACACGGUCAGCAACACAGGAAGUACCGGUGUCGCACCAUCGGCAGUGGGAGAACGCUUGAAGAACAUGGCUAAGAGUGGCAGCAAGAAGCUUGCAUCUGCUACGUCCACCGUGGGCAAAGUCAAUGCAAAGGCUACGCAGCUUCCACUAGG